AUGGAUCGCCCACGUCUCGAGUACCGCAAACGCCGCUCACCCUCGCCAGACGACAACGGCGACGGUGAUCUCCAGGCGUACCUCGCCAUCCCAGCCAGCAACAGGAACCGCAACAUGGCCCAUACUCAUGGACCACUCCACUUCCCCGGCAAUGGACCGCCUUUCAAUCAUGUCUGCAUGAUGGACGGACCCGAUCCCGAAAUCAGACUCUCUGCUCUCCAGUACGAGAACGUGGUUGAUGAGAACAAGCGCUACCAAAGUGAGAUCCAGCGAUUGACCGCCCUCUUGCGUGAGCACAACAUCCAAUACAGAGUCGCGCCGCCCGGCACCAUCAAUCACGUGUCCAAGAAUCUCACCAUCAAUUCUCAUGGCCAGGAGAAAAGUGCGACCGCCGAUAGCUACUCCGCUGAUGGGGAAGCUAGGCCAUAUCUCCCGAUGGAGAUCCUCUUCAGAAUUCUUGGCUUUGCGCUGAAGAGCAAGCACCCCGUUAUUGAUCCUUUCUACAAGUUCCGGAAAGAGAAUGCCACAUCAGCCGAGUACUCCGGGCGUGGUGAUCUCAAUAUCAACUGCCUCGCUGUCUGCCAUGCCUUUCGUGCCGAGGGUAUGCGUCUUUUGAUCGGAAGCAAUGAUUUCGUCUUUACUCAAGCUGCUGCACUGGAAAAUUUCGCAAAAGUUCCGACGCAGCUCCGUGCUACUAUUAAGCAUGUCACAUUGCGGGUUGUUGGACGGUACUACGCUGAUCGUGUUCGGAAGGUUGAUUUGACUGGAAUCAGCAAUUACCACAAGAAUGUCCGUGUGUUCUCAGUACCUAUUCAUGCGCGUCCUCGUGGUAUGGUCAACGACAACGGUAUCCAGGCAUACUGUUGGUACCAAGUUGCAGACUUCCUCAAGGCUUUGCAGCUUCCAUAUGCCACUGAGCCAACGUUCACCGCCACCAAUAAUCGUCCCAAGCUCUUGCCCGGACUCAGCACGAUGAGAAUUGACUUGGUCAAUUUUUGCGAUCACCUGCCCCUUGGCAUUACCUCGUUCGCUCCGAUUAUCCGCUGGCAUCUGGGCCCUUUCUUGGACGAGCUCGUACUUACUGGCUGUCCACACGACGAUAUUUCGCGCGAUGAAAAGGUAAUCCUUCGAAACGCCCUCAGAGACGAAGGACUCUUCUCCACCGCUUGCCCGGCAUUCAUAUCCGGCAAGAAUUUCCUCAAGAAGCUGUCCGUCUACGAGUACCGACAUCAAGUCGUUGGUGCGCGCAAAGCCAAGAACCUUUCGAAGAAGUCCAAUAAACACGCCGUCCCUCAAAUUCACCCUGAGGGGGGUAGUCCUCCCGUCUCAUCGUAUCCUAGAGGCACUACGAUCUGGAAGUGGGCCAAGACGGAGGACCAAAAGCCGAAGGAGUGGAUUGAAUUCGAGAGAGGCUCAGGACGCCCAAUCAGUGAAGUUGAGUUGGAUGACAGCGAUGAAGAUGACGAUUCCUAUAUUGCGCCUCUUCACGGCAUGCUCCCAAACCUCUUGGCUCAUGCAAUUCCGGCCAUCAUCCAGGGAGCGAUGCCUCCAGACAUGAGCAUGUUGGCGGAUAGCGACGAGUCGGACGACGAGAUGCCUGAGUUACUCGACCUUAACCAUGAUACAGAUGAAGAGAUGGUAGGCAGUGGUACCGUGGCGACUCCUGCUGCAUACAUGGACACCGAUGAUGAGAUGCCUUCUCUUCUCGAAACCGACUCUGCAUACGAGGACACCGAUGAUGAGAUGCCUUCUCUUCUCGAAAUCGGCAAUAGCACGGGAAUUGAUGAUGUGGAAUGA